AUGAGUAGAAAAAAUUCCAAAAAAUUAAAAGUGUAUUACUUACCAGUAAAGUUAACCCACUUUCAAAAGGAUUUGUCAGAAAUUUUGGUAUCCCUACAUGCCAAAUCAUUUAAAGCAAGUCUAAUGGGCGAAUCACAGGCAGGUCAUAAUAGGAAGUCCGAUGAUCCUGAAACGCAUUCAUAUCCAAAAUUGUCACAGAGACAAUUGACCUAUAUCUUCGAUUCAAACAUAAGAGCGGUUGCCAAUCAUCCUUCCCUCUUGGUGGACCACUAUAUGCCUCGGCAACUUUUGCGAAUGGAACCUACAGAAAGCUCGAUUGCUGGCAGUCACAAGUUUCAAGUUCUCAAUCAACUAAUUAAUUCGAUACGCUUUAGGGACAAAGCAGACACACCCAAGGAAGUUAUAAAAUGUGCCAUCAUUGCACAUAGCAUAAAGGAACUAGAUCUCUUAGAGGGUCUAGUAUUGGGGAAAAAAUUUAGAAUCAAGAGACUUUCUGGUACAUCACUUUAUAACGAGAAGCACAAAUUUUCGACUUUAAUUACGGAUGAACCCACCACAAAUAAAGACGGAACCCCGAAUUCCUUGAGUAGUACAAGCUCCAACUCGAAUUCGACAUCGUAUACGGGUUAUUCCAAGGACGACUAUGAUUACUCGGUGAAGAGGAACCUCAAAAAAAGAAAACUCAACACUGAUGAUUGGUUGUUUUUAGCAACUACCAAGCACCUCAAGCAUGACCAAUGUCUCCUAGCUAACUAUGAUUUGGAUAUGAUUAUCAGUUUCGACCCAAUGUUGGAAAUUAAUUUGCCCGCCCUGCAGUUAUUGAAGAACAACACCAAUAAGAACAUCCCAAUAAUAAAGCUGCUUGUGCAAAAUUCUCCAGAUCACUACUUAUUAGAUCCUGAAAUAAAAAAUUCAAAUACAGAAUCUGCUUAUCUGAAUAAUAGCGAUCAUGAUGAUGAUGAUCAGGAAUAUAAUGAAAUCAAAUCGUCAUUACUUUAUUUUUUGCAGGCAAGAAAUGCAAAAGUGGAGAACUAUGACAUUGAUUAUACCAAGCUGGUACAGUAUUGCUUAGACGGGAGAGAUUUUAAUAGCUUUUUGCCGACUUUGGAUUUGAUGACGUUGGAUAAGACUUCAAAAAACUUCAGCGGUUCUGAAUUUUGGCAAGCUCAGUUAACUAAAUUGCAUUACUCUGCUGCAAAAUUGCCUCUUUGGGACAGCCCGUUGGAUAUCAAAAGCUAUCAGAUGGAAUUAAUGCACAGAGCGGUUAUAAGAUUAAGGAACAUACAGGAUGAAUAUACAGAAGGUACUACUCCACUGAAUGAGAAACGGUUCAAAGAAAAUCAACGGCAAAACAAACUGGAUGCAAUAAAACAUUCUGUUGGCCUUACGUUUAAAAGAAAGCAGGAACUAGAAAAGUCUAUCAAUGAUUCUGAAAAAAGGUAUAAGCAUGCCAUGACAGAAUCCACCAACCUAGACAACAAAAUGAAUGCUUUGGUCAAAAAUAAGUUGGAAUUAGAAAACUUCAGGAAACUAUGCCCAGAAACGAUCUCAUCGGAGCAGUAUUUAGAAAAAGAAUCUGCAUUAACAGCCAGGUUGAACCAAUAUACGGAAACAUACGUAACGCUUUCUGGUAAAUUAGAAGCACUUGAAGAGGCAAAUGCAGAAAAAGCAAAGCACAAUGAUGAAUUGCGUUCCAAGUAUCAGGUGGAAUCUUCAAAAGCUGCAGAAUCAGCCCAAACUGUGAAAGCUCUACAAGAUUCGACGAAAUCUCUAGAAAAUGAAGUGAAUGGUCCAUUGACUAAAUUCUCCACAGAAAGUUUGGAGAAAAAACUGGAGUGCUUGCAACAUCACUUUCAAUCUCUCAAAGCAAGAAACAAAUUUUUGAGAAACUACGUAAACUCAAUGAAUCGACAGUACGACUUAAAAAACAAAAACAACGUUCAGGUGGAAAAAAGUGCUGCAACCGGCACGCGGUUCAGAUCGACAAGAUCAAAUACUCCUAAUUAUACCUAA